CGGAAGUGGCCUGGAGGCAGUGGGCCAGGGCCGAGCGGUGCUCCCUCCUGCUCGGGCCGCCUCGGCCCCGGGCGUCGCCAUGACCAGCGAGCUGGACAUCUUCGUGGGGAACACUACCCUUAUCGACGAAGACGUGUAUCGCCUCUGGCUCGAUGGUUACUCGGUGACCGACGCGGUGGCCCUGCGGGUGCGCUCGGGAAUCCUGGAGCAGACGGGCGCCACGGCAGCGGUGCUGCAGCGCGACACCAUGGACCAUUACCGCACCUUCCACAUGCUCGAGCGGCUGCUGCACGCACCACCCAAGCUACUGCACCAGCUCAUCUUCCAGAUUCCGCCCUCCCGGCAGGCACUACUCAUCGAGAGGUACUAUGCCUUUGAUGAGGCCUUUGUUUGGGAGGUGCUGGGCAAGAAGCUGUCCAAAGGCACCAAGAAAGACCUGGAUGACAUCAGCACCAAAACAGGCAUCACCCUCAAGAGCUGCCGGAGACAGUUUGACAACUUUAAGCGAGUCUUCAAGGUGGUAGAGGAAAUGCGGGGCUCCCUGGUGGACAAUAUUCAGCAACACUUUCUCCUCUCUGACCGGUUGGCCAGGGACUAUGCAGCCAUCGUCUUCUUUGCUAACAACCGCUUUGAGACAGGGAAGAAAAAACUGCAGUAUCUGAGCUUCGGUGACUUUGCCUUCUGUGCUGAGCUCAUGAUCCAAAACGGGACCCUUGGAGCCGUCGACUCGCAGAUGGAUGACAUGGACAUGGACUUAGACAAGGAAUUUCUCCAGGACAUGAAGGAACUCAAGGUGCUAGCGGCUGACAAGGACCUUCUGGACCUGCACAAGAGCCUGGUGUGCACUGCUCUCCUGGGAAAGCUGGGUGUCUUCUCUGAGAUGGAAGCCAACUUCAAGAACCUGUCCCGGGGGCUGGUGAACGUGGCCGCCAAGCUGACUCACAAUAAAGAUGUCAGAGACCUGUUUGUGGACCUUGUGGAGAAGUUUGUGGAACCCUGCCGCUCCGACCACUGGCCACUCAGCGACGUGCGGUUCUUCCUGAAUCAGUAUUCAGCGUCUGUCCACUCCCUCGAUGGCUUCCGACACCAGGCCCUCUGGGACCGCUACAUGGGCACCCUCCGUGGCUGCCUCCUGCGCCUCUAUCAUGACUGAGGCCCCUCCCAAUGUCCCGCCCACACUGACAAUAAAGUUGCCCUGAGUUUGGA